CAAAGCUGGCUUGAGAGAACAUUUUGCGCAAGACAUUUCCCAAGUGCUGGGGAGAAUGUGCCAGGGCUCUAGAGGCCCUGGCUGCAGUCCCAUGCCCUCGCCACAUCUAUUAUAAAAGCCACUGUACCCUCCAUCCACCAGUUAUCUCUUCCAAGCCCUGGUGCCUCUGAGUGUCCUAAGCAUGGCACUGCACAUGAUUCUUGUCAUGGUGAGCCUCCUGCCGCUGUUGGAAGCUCAGAACCCAGAACAUGUCAACAUCACCAUAGGCGACCCUAUCACCAAUGAGACCCUGAGCUGGCUCUCUGACAAAUGGUUUUUCAUUGGUGCGGCUGUCCUAAACCCUGAUUACCGGCAGGAAAUUCAAAAGACGCAGAUGGUAUUUUUUAACCUUACCCCCAACUUGAUAAAUGACACGAUGGAGCUUCGAGAGUAUCACACCAUAGAUGACCACUGUGUCUAUAACUCCACUCAUCUAGGAAUCCAGAGAGAGAAUGGGACCCUCUCCAAGUAUGUAGGAGGAGUAAAAAUCUUUGCAGACCUGAUAGUCUUGAAGAUGCAUGGGGCCUUCAUGCUUGCCUUUGACUUGAAGGAUGAGAAGAAACGGGGACUGUCCCUCAAUGGUAGGGUCCUCCCAGACCUGGUCCCCAGCUCCACUGGCCUUACUCUUGAUCGUCCACCCACAUCCCACAUCCCUACCUGGCUUCCCAUCUGCUGGACCCUUAGCCAGCACAAUCCUGGAUCCCUUCUCCAUUGCAGCAAAAAGGCCAGAUAUCACCCCGGAGCUGCGGGAAGUAUUCCAGAAGGCUGUCACACACGUGGGCAUGGAUGAAUCAGAAAUCAUAUUUGUC